AUGACUUCCACUGGAAUGAACAAUAUGAGCAAGAUCGUCUUCUACGAGGAGAGGAACUUCCAGGGUCGUUCCUAUGAGUGCAUGAGCGACUGCCCCGACUUUUCCUCCUACCUGAACAGGUGCCAGUCCUGCAGGGUGGAGAGAGGCUGCUUCAUGGUCUAUGACCGCACCAACUACAUGGGCAACCAGUACUUCAUGAGGAGGGGCGAGUACUCUGACUACAUGAGCAUGAUGGGCAUGAGCGACUGCAUCAAGUCCUGCCGCAUGAUCCCCAUGCACAGAGGAUCCUACAGGAUGAAGAUCUACGAGAGGGAGAACUUCAGUGGUCAGAGUCACGAGCUGAUGGACGACUGUGACAACGUCAUGGACCGUUACCGCAUGUCCAACUGCAUGUCCUGCAACGUGAUGGAGGGACACUGGCUGAUGUACGAGCAGCCCCAGUACAGAGGCAGGAUGAUGUACUUCAGGCCUGGAGAGUACAGGAACUUCAUGAACAUGGGCAUGAGCGGCAUGAGCGGCAUGAGCGGCAUGAGGUUCAUGAGCAUGAAGCGUAUCACUGACUCCUGCUAUUAG